ACGAAUAAAAUGAUCGCACUUCGAUUUUUGAUAUUCUUUGCAAUACUCUUUGGCAACAGAACAAGUGAAGGAGCUACAGUGACUCCAUAUUGGACUUCAUGGUCAACCUAUGGACCUUGUACUGUCACAUGUCGGAGAGGCGUGCGAUACAGAACUCGUUCCUGUGUCGGUGGUCUACCAGGCGAAUAUGGCUGUCCAGGAAGAUGGUAUGAAGGAAUCCAAUGUGUGGAAACAUAUAAUUGUUUUGCAGUUAUUUCAACAACGACAUCAACAACAACAACCGUAACUACCACAACUACGCCGCCACCAACAACAGCAGUGCGGAUUCAGAAUUUCAGCGGGUGUAUGAAACCAGAUGAACCCGGUAGUUACCGAGGAACAGUUUAUCGCACAAUUUCUGGAUAUACCUGUCAACGAUGGGACAGCCAGUUACCUCAUCCGCACAACUAUUCCCCAGACAAACACCCUGGUGCUGGAUUAGAAAAAAACAAUUACUGUAGAAAUCCAGAUAUGGAUGUCAAACCUUGGUGUUUCACAACAAAUCCAAACAAACAGUGGGAAUAUUGUGAAGUUGUUAUUUGUACAGAUGAUUCAAUUCCAGAACUGGAAUCCACGAGACGUGAUUGCUACAAUUCAUCAAAUCCUCAAAGUUACACGGGCACUAUGUCUACAACUACAACAGGAUUGACUUGCCAGUAUUGGAACUCAAGUUCUCCCCACAAGAAUUUAUUUCCAAGAGAUCAAUAUGAAUCAGUGCAUCUCGGUGACCAUAAUUACUGUAGGAAUCCGGACAAUGACACGCGGCCUUGGUGCUUUACCGUAGAUCCAACAAAAAACUGGGAAUACUGUGAUGUGCCGAUGUGCUCUGAUACUGAGAAUAACAACCUUGAUACCAAUGGUCUAUCAAUCCAAUGCGGGAGGCCGCAAAUUGCUAUGAAACCUCACUCGACAUCACGAGUUGCAUUUGCUCCUAUGUUUGCUGAUUUCAAUCAUCACCGAGCAAGUUUAUUUGGAAGAGCAAUAUUAGAAGGUGUUCCCGAAGUUCAUGAAACAGAAGACCUAGAAAACAUAAUCGGAGGUUUCGAGGUAACCCCAGGAAGCAUACCUUGGCAGGCUUCGAUCAGGCGAACAUACUUUGGGUCUCAUUUUUGCGGGGGAGCAUUGAUAAACGUUCGAUGGAUAGUUACAGCAGCCCAUUGCAUAACACAACCUCAGAAUCCAACAUCAUAUUUUGCGUUACUUGGCGACCACAACCAAUAUGAUGAAAAUGAAAAUCAAAUAAGGAUCGAUUUUGACGUCAUAUUUCGUCAUCAUGCUUAUAGUUCGGUGACUUUAAACAAUGAUAUAGCAUUGAUGAAGACCACAAGGCCAGUUCACAUGAAUUCAUUUGUAUCUGCGAUAUGUUUACCCAGCACCGGACUCACCGAAAGUGAAUACACAGGAAUCGUGUCUGGGUGGGGAACGAUGCAAAAUACCGGAUCCAACGAACUCCUUCAUCAAGCUAGUGUGCCUCUUAUUGAAGAUAGCAGCUGUAAACGACUAAUGAGUGAUAUUAUGGAAGGCAUGAUGUGCGCCGGUUAUGAAGAUGGCGGAAAAGGCUCUUGCCAGGGCGAUAGUGGAGGACCAUUGGUUGUUAAAAUGGAAGAUGGUGGAUUCAAACUUGUCGGAAUUGUAUCGUGGGGGUAUGGAUGUGCAGCAGAAAACAAACCUGUCGUGUACACAAAGGUAUCACACCAUAUUGGAUGGAUAAACUAUAUUGUUAACACGUGAAUACUGAGCACAAAGCUGCGUGCGAAUGAGAAACAAGAAAACAAGUUUGUGUCGAUAGAAGAGCUGAAACGCAGAGCAAUGUUCCACUCAAAGUUGUCCAUAGCCUUCAUUAUGGAACAAAUUAACUUAAACUAUCAUGUUUUGAUGCGACGUUGAACCUGUAUUGAAUACUGUUUCGUCAUCCUCAUUGUUUCUGAUAAAUUAAAUGAAAAUAAUUGCAAUGCUGAACGGCGAAAUUAUUUAAUUACUGUAUUGUUGUUGCUACAUGAAGGCGUGUAAUAAAACGUCUUGUUG